ACAAAAAGAUCUUGUAUAGAUUAGGUAUCGUUUAAUCAUUCUACUAGAACUAUGCACGCAUAUCCACCAACGACUAUAUAAAAGGACUUUUGAAAGGAACAUGAGAAGUUAGUUAGAACCAACGAAAUUGUAUUUUUUCUCGAAAAGUGAAUAAUAAUCGAAAUGUAUUCUGCUAUUGUAACAUUUUUCGUUUCAGCAUUGUGCGCCUUAUUACUUCCAUAUCAUGUUGCAGGAGAUAUUAAACUAAAUGGUUGUGACAUAGAAAACAUUGCUUCGGGAAAAUUAUCGUUAGACGAAAUUAAUACAAGCGAUAAUGGAAUAAUGAAUUCAAAAUUGACCAUAAAUUCUGAACUGAACCCGAGUAAUGUUGCGGUGCACAUAAAAAUAAACGACGAAGAUGGCAAUUCAAUGAUGGAACAAAAUGUGGAUAUAUGUAGUUUGAGUACGGACGACAUGUUCAAAGGUUAUUUCUUAUCGUUUGAUAGUCCAGAUUUUAAUGAAGGGAAUUGUCCAGUACCUGCUGGUACUUAUACCUCCGGUGAAUAUGAAGUGAGUAUUAGUGAUAGUGCACCUGAGGGACGUUACACGGGUAUUUUCGAAAUAAUAGAUGAAACAGAUAUAAUAUUCCGUAUAAAAUGUAGUGUUGAAAUAUAAUAGUAUAAAAUAUAUAAUUAUCACUUGUAGAGAGAAAAUAAUACAUAAUAACAUUUCUGCUAUAUCUGUAUAGCAUGCUUCAAUUAAUUAUGUAAUUAUUUACUUAUUAUAUUAUAUUUUGAUGCAAGAUUAA